AUGUUUCAGAUGGAACAUUUACACCUGGGGGAGAUCUUGGGAGAAGGCAGCUUUGGGCGUGUCUAUAGAGGCCAACGACACGGCCAAGCAGUGGCGGUGAAAAGGACUAUGUUGACUCACCACGCCAUCCAGGAAGUCGACAUACUCAGGUCCCUAGAACAUACAAAUAUAAUACCCCUGCAAAAGGCCAUCAUAGAGGGAGACUACCUUUUUAUGGUAAUGCCUCUGUGCGACGAGGACCUAAAUGCCUUCCUGCGUCGAGAAGGGCCGAGGAACCAGCCGUCUCGGUUCUUCCGCGUGAUGCGGCAGUUAGCAGCAGCCGUGACGGAGUGUCAUCGUCGGCAAAUAGUACACCGAGAUAUCAAGCCAGCCAACAUCUUACGCCGCCGGUGCCGAUUCCUGCUAGCAGAUUUUGGGUUGGCCGAAACACUCACCACCGCCCAACCCCUGCUUACCGAGCCAGCAGGAACCAUGGUGUACUGGGCACCGGAACAGCGCAGGCUAGAGCCGUAUGACACGUCCGUCGACCUGUGGGCGUUGGGGUUAGUGGCCGUAGAGGUGGCGACCGGCCUACCGUGCCGUCAGGGUGAGGAGGAACAGCAUUGGGCCUCAUCCCUGGACGACAAAUACCGUGCGGAGAUGGAGCGGUUGAGAUUCCCCGUCCGAUGGUAUAUCGAAGGUUUGCUCCAGGAUAACCCGUCCCACCGGAGACCUGCUGCACAGUGGGAGUGGCCUGGAACCGAUACCGUCCUGUUAGUUGAAACCGUAGCUCAGCCACCCCCACUGAUACCGGUGUCCACACUGAGACCAGCACCGCUUCCACCAAUUGCUCCGUUAACGCCACCACCCCAACUGUCUCCCGUCCCACAGGAACCGCCAGCACCAGGGAAGACACUGAUUUUGCCGUCAAGACUAGCAUCCAAAAUCCAGGCUCAACCGAACCCCCGUCUGUGGUCACCCAGUCUUCGGACUGAGGUCAUCGCCCUGAUACCAACCACCGUCAAGGGCAAACGCCGGCUCCGGCUGAAGCUCAGGUUUCCCUCCGGCACUGCCCACCGUCUCUGGGUGCCAGUGGAUUGAAACCGUAAGAAUUAUCUU